AGGCCCCGCGGUGCGUUCGGCUGUGCGGCUGCUGAGACACUGGCUGGAGGCAGGGUGUGAAGCCUUUCUAUUGGAACCUCAGUGCUGGGACGGUGGGACGGUGCAGGGUCUUGGGAUGUGUCCUCGGGUACUGAAGAGGCACUACUGUAACAGGGAUCACAGCAACAUUAGUGUCCUGGUGCAUGCUGGGAGAAGGUACUCAGAACCUGGAGGAGCAGCUCUCUAGACGCCAGGUCCACGCUCAUGGCCGAUGAUGUCAGGUACUAACAACGUCGCCCAGGCCCGGAAGCUGGUGGAGCAGCUGCGCAUUGAAGCUGGGAUCGAACGCAUCAAGGUCUCCAAGGCCUCGUCAGACCUGAUGGGCUACUGUGAGCAACAUGCCCGCAACGAUCCCUUGCUGGUUGGCGUGCCAGCCUCUGAGAAUCCAUUCAAAGACAAAAAGCCUUGCAUAAUUCUCUAGUUCUCUCUCUUUCUCUCUCUCUUCCCCAUCUCUCCCUCUCUUUCUCCCCACCCCGGAGGUAUUGGUCCAAUUUUUCCUGUAAGGAAAAUAUUUGAAUCCUUCCCACUUUGAAUUCUAAAGGAACAAAAACCAUUGUGAAUGCCGGGAUCUUCCUGACCUAGCUGGAGUUUAUGAACCCAGGUGGGGCUCUGACUGUCGCCUGGCCUAACUGAGAUGUUAGCCUCGUCACCCCCACCCCCUCUUUUCAAGAGUCACUACUGUGGCCCAUUUUUAAAGCUCCCCUUAGUUGCCUUGGGGAAAGGGCUCCGUUGAUAAACGGGAUUGCCUUGCAAGCGUGAGGACCCUAGGUGCGGCGCGGUCCUCAGGUCCCACAGAAAGCAUGCAGGUGCAGUGUCACAAGGUUGUAUGUACUUCAGCACUUGGUAGGCAAGGCAGAAGGGUCCCCAGGGCUUGAGGGACUGCCAUUCUAGUUGUCAGUAAACUCCAGACAGAGGAGGACACCCAGCCUUGACCUCUGGCUCCACCCGCGCGGGGCACACACAAUGCACCCUGUGCUGCCCUGUGUCCUUCCAGAGUGGCCCUGUCAUGUACACAGUGACGCCAUUUCUCCAGAGACAUGGCCCAUUCCAGAGACGGGCAUCUGGGUCUCCAUUCAAAGGAAGCUCUUGCUGGUAUGACCGAGUGUGUAAUUUUGUCUCCUAAGCCUGAGAUCCACGUGGUCAUUGGUGGCUCCCCAUUUUCUCCCAGUUACACAGUUAUCCAGGUAGUUGUGAGGGCAGAAAUGCAGAUUAGUUAUCUCUCGAGGUGAUCGAGGAGUGACGGGGUUCUCCGUCCCACAUCGUGACUGUGGCUCCAGAUCCCCCUGCCUCCUUCCUAGGACAAACUAUUUUGUAACUAGCUAGAAUCCAAGCCCCUCAGUGUGGGGACUGUAGCCCUGGUCUGCACUCCCAGAUUGGGGGAUUCUAGGCAGGGCUCCACCCAGACCACACCCCAAUGAGGAUUUGGGGACUCUAGGCGGGGCUCCACCCCGAACUGCGACCUCAGCCCCUUACUGGGGCAUUCUAGGUGGGGCUCUACAUUGACCACUCCCCCAGCCCCUCACUGGGAGAUUGUAGUCUGGGGCUCCACCCUGACCACGCCCCUAGACCCUUGUUGGUAGAUUCUCCACAGCAUUCUACCCCUGAGCCAGGCCUCUUCUCUUUCUAUUUUGUGAACAGAGCCCUAGAGUCCAGGCUGGCCUGGAACAGGAGAUCUUCCUGCCUCUGUCUCCAGAGUACCUACAUGACGGUCUUGUGCUUGCAUGCCUGGCAUUGGAUUGGACUGAAGAAAACAUGCCCUCUGUCUGUAACAGUGACAGUGGCAGGUAUAGGGAGGACACGACUUGGGUGUGCCAAUGCGGUGUGCAGCCACACACAGAGGCAGCCUAAGCAUUUGAAAGACCCCAGCUGCCUCUUUCUCCUGCCAGAUCAGUAUGGGAGCAAACCGCAGAACUGAAGCCAGUCUAGUUGUUCCCUGUAUCCCUGGUGGAAAUCUGCUGCCAAAAGCCUGGGCCAGGCUGAUCCCUGGGCAAAGUGAAAGGGGUGAGCACAGUUAGCUCAUCUUCUAGCCAGUUAGGCAUGACCUACCGCCUAGGUAAGGUGGCAGGCUCCCCCAAAUCCAUUUGAUGGAAACAGGAAAAGAAGUCUGGGGUGUGACUAAGGGGAGGCAUUGCAGGUGCUAAGAGCGCCCCCCUCCCACUUCCCCCUCCAUGGGCUGGGUCCCAGAGAGCACAGACCAAGGGUCUGGCUUCUGUGCAUCAGCUCCCAUUACUGGUCAGAGAGGGCCAGCAACUUUGGUCAGCCUGACUCUCAGAACCUGGCUUGAGUCAGAAAAGCCAGUUUCCCCCACCCUCAAACUACAGCCACCUUGCAUUAGGCUAGGAACCAGGUCCCAGGAUGUGUGUCCCCAGCUACACUGGCAAGGAGAAAGGAAAGCUGGAAAUCUGGGGACCAGGGCUGCAGAGCACCCACCCAGCAUGCUGGAAAGCUGGGUUCCACCCCAAGCUCGAAGUAACCAGGCACGGGCACUGGGGUAGGCAGAUCAGGACUUCAGGGUCUUCCUCAGCUACAUAAUGGGCUCAAGGCUAACCUGGACUACAUGAGACCAUGUCUCAAAUUCAGUGCACUCUCUCACUCUCUCACAUCACGACAGCAGAUGCCUGCCUGGCCAGCCUGUGUGUGGUCGGAGCAUUUUGUUUCUCUCCUCUGGGACAAAAAACUCAAAUCUGCAUCUCUGCCCACACUUCCAGUUCUCCCUCCCUAGGUGACUCACAGGCCAAGGACAAAGUGACUUCUUGUUCCCAAGGAAGGUAGGACGUGCUUGGCUGAUGUAUCCAGGAUGGACCUUGGGCCCCAAUAGCCCUUGUGUGCCCUCCUAACCACUGGAGCCCUGCCUCAGCUUAGAGAUACUUAGGGAAACCAGAACACAACAGAGCCAUCAGGAGCCAAGAUUGGGGGCCCUCACCUUCAAUCCCAACACUUGGGAGACAGAGGCAAGGGGAUCUCCGUGAAUUCGAGGCCAGCCUCAUCUACAGAGUGAGUUCCAGGACAGCCAGGGUUGUAGAGACACCGUCUAAAAACAAAAUAAAACAACCAAAACUGUUAGACCUGCUGCAGCUUGAGCCACCCAGGAGGGACUUCCAACCUAAGGAGAAGGUUGGUGGGCAUGGGGGGGUGUAUCCUACACAGAAGCCAUAUACACUGGCCAGAUGUCACAUGGCACUUUCCAUUUCCGUCCCCACUUCAGGGCUGGCUCCUCCCCCUCACGCUCCAGGGCUGGCUCCUACCCCUUCAGACUCCUCCCCCUUCCCUCUGCUUUGUGAAGCUGGUUGGUUUUUAUUUCUGAUUAAAAAAAAAACUUUUUCCCGUGUGCCACGCCCACUCUCCCAGUGUUACUAUUGUGUGGAAUGAGGUCACAGGAGAGUGACUCCUCCAUAAUAAAAGCCUCGAUUUUC